AUGGACUUCAAAGCCAAAGCCCAUCGUGGGAUCAAAGUCUGGCGCUCCAUCCGAUGCCCAUCAUACGUCGCCUACAUAGGCAUCUUAGCAGCAGGCCUGGUCAUGCAAUACCUUUGGGCGGCAUGGCGUCCUCAGUAUCGCGAUGACGAGCUGAUUGCGCAUGGAGGUCUGUACUAUACUGGUGGACUCAACGAAGACUUUGAUGUCAAGCAGCCGCAGGCAAGAGACGAUAACUAUCUCGUGUUGUUGGGAUUUCUGCUGUGUGUGGAGACAUCGGAUAUCGUACAAUGGGCGUUGGCGAAUCCCAUCUUCGUCUAUCUCGGACGACGGUCAUUGAGCUGGUUUCUUGUCCAGAGCAUCUUGGUGUACACAAUGGGGAUCAGACUCUUCCAGGUGCUCCCUAUCGCAAACGAGGUUGCUUCUACUGUUGCAUGUUUUUUUGUGGUGCUUGCGGCUACGGCUAUGGGAUCGGAAGUAUUUUAUCGCGUUGUGGAAGUUCCUUCUCAUGUAUUGUCCCACGCCACCUUCGAUUGGAUCCGCGAUUGA